UCGGCGCAGAGCAUACUGUCACUUUACGUUGAAAGGACUCCCGGCCACGAUGGGAGUUCGCAUAUUCAGCGAAUGCAAGUUUCUAAAUCGCUUGUUACCGGAAAACUGUCUCUAGAAGUAGAGAACUGUCCGUGUGGUGCGUUAGCGGUUUAUUUUUACACGAUUUAAUCCAGGAUGUCAUUCUUGCUGAAAAGCCGGUAAGAUUACAAAGUGAGUUUGCUUUCUGAGAGCUACCUCCACAUCAGCACCACACAAAGGGAUCAGCGGAGAUAAGUGAUUCAGCCAAGUUUCAUUUGGUUUGAAUGUCAUAGAGAAACAUUGGGGCAAUUUUCUUUUUACGAAAUGGAACACUUUGCAGCAGAGUGCCUUGUAUCAAUGUCCAGCCGUGCAAUUGUCCAUGGUCCUAAAGGGAAUAGAGACAUCAAACCCGAAGCUGCGACUGCUCCCAGGAGCGGAGAGGAGACUAAAGAACCUCUGGUGAAGGACAACUCUUCUCUUUUUGUAGUGGCUAGAAUUUUGGCGGAUUUCAAUCAACAGACCCCAACAAAUUUUGCCGAUCAGGCAAAAAUAAAAGAGGAAAGCAUGCCACCGACCCUGACAAGAGAUGAUGGAAACUCUGCCACACCUACCACCAUCUCCGUCGACUCUGCUCUUAAACAAAGAGGCAAACGAUUGAGGGGACGAAUUGAACAAGAAUCCCCACAGAAAAAGCACAAAUGCAACUAUUCAGGUUGUGAAAAAGUUUAUGGCAAAUCGUCCCAUCUCAAAGCUCACCUAAGGACACAUACAGGAGAGCGGCCCUUCCCCUGCACUUGGCCCGACUGCAGUAAGAAGUUCGCCCGCUCAGACGAGCUCGCCCGGCACUACCGCACCCACACGGGUGAGAAGAAGUUUGGCUGCCCCCUGUGUGACAAGCGAUUCAUGAGGAGCGACCACUUGAUGAAGCACGCCCGUCGCCACUCCAACUUCCAGCCAGCCAUGCUGAAGAGGCAGCCUGGGGCAGCCAGCACGCCCGCUGGGAGCAGCAACCGCCCGGGCUCUCUGAGCGAUUACAGCCGCUCAGAUGCCUCCAGCCCCACCCUCAGCCCAGCCAACUCGCCUUAAACCUGGCCACACUUUCUGCCUCCGCCCCUGGAGCUCCAGGCUGUGUGUGUGUGUGUGUGUGUGUGUGUGUGUGUGUGUGUGUGUGUGUGUGUGUGUGUGUGUGUGUUUUUUUUUCCCCCCACCUCCUUUUCUAGUGGUGUUGCACAUUUGUCAGCAGCCACGUCUCUGUGCUAAUCCCUCCGCUUGCUGUGGUGUACUCUACUGUACAUAACCGCUUCCUGUAGUGCAAUUUUCUCGUGCAACUCCAUAAAAGAGAAGAAUAGAAAAUAGAAAAGAAAAAUGCCUUUCCUGAAUGGCAAUAUUUACAUUAUGUACUAUAUGUCUGUAUUUUUAUAGCUUCUGGCCAUGGCCAAUGUUCCAUUGUGUUUUAGUGUUUUGUUUUUCUUUCGAUUAAUCAACUCUGUUCAAGUGAACAAAAAUGUAGACAAAAUUGACAGGUAUACGAUUAGGGUUUUUUUUUUAAUUUAAAACGGGUGAGGGGGAGGGGCACAUACACCUCAGGAUUCAAGACAGUUGUUUUUCCCUUCUUUAAUAUUUACCUUGACUGCACAAUACAAGCAUCACUUUACUCUGUAAUUCAACAGGGGUUAAAAUUUUGUGCCCUGCUCAGGGAUGGCCUCGUUAGCUUGAAAGAAUGAACAUGAAGAGAAAACAUACAUAAAAAAAAAAACAGCCUUACACUCAAACAAUUGCACUCUUCCUUUGUCUUUUAUUCUUGGUUUUUACAUCAGGGGAAAUGAGCACUGGGUUUGACAGUCAGUCAAACUCAGCAUUCUAUUUGAUCUCUCUGUAAGGUGGUACAAUAGGUGGGGACUGCAUUGGAGAGAAUGUCAUUGUGUAUUAGAGACUGGAAGUAACUCUUUUUGUUUUUUCGACAUUGCUAUCUCUCACUUUUUUUUUUUCCACAAAUCUGAGGUGGUUGUUCUGCCUGGGUCCUCGUUUCAGGAGGAAUCCUUACAUUGUGUGAAUGUAGGUGAUGAAACCACCAUUACGUGCUCAACCUUCCCAGUGAGGAGCAUUGAGCCCAGUGCUCUCCUUACAGGGCUGAACUAAAUCCCCAGAAAAGUGGAGGAUAAAGUUUCAAAGCAGCUGCUCUCCACCAUAAAGACUGCACAUGCAUCAACUUCAGGGUUUUUCUUUUUUUUUCUUCUCACAACAGUACAGGUAUAACACACCUGUGAAGGGACUUGUCAGGAUCUCUUUCACACGUUUUCACAACAACAACAUCAAAACAAAAGAGCGCAGAAGCAGAACCCACCAAAGACCGAAGAGCUAUGGCCAGAACAGGAAGGGUUUUCUGCCAGUGAUAUCCAGAGUUUGGGAGGGGGGCCAGGGGCCGAGGGGGUGUUGGCAGAGUGUCAGGUAACGGCAGACGCCCUGGCCCUCUGCCACGCAGCCCGUCCCGACCCAGCACUUAGGAAACGGCUGCAUCCCCCCUCCACAGACCUAUUCAUAGACCACUGGGGAGGAGAGGGGAGAGGCAUAACUGCGGCGGAGCCUGCCUUACUCAACCUGCCUUACUCACUCCACCUGGACAGAGGCAGGGAGCGUGAGGCAGAAGGGGAGGGGCGGGGGUGGGUGAGAACUGAACGGAGCCAUGGAAGUCGUCUCCGGGGCCUUUGACACAAGCAGGCCGGCCCCUUGCAGGUCUCGCAGUGGGGCAGAGCUGGAGCUGGGCUGGGUUUCUGGGCAGUUGGGGGAGUGCAGCACCUCCAUUAAGAACAAAAGCAGCUAUCUGCGGGAGGCAGGAAAGAAAGGCCUGACCCCGAGGGAGCCAGAUAAAGGUGGGGGCUUUAUCAUAAGCUGAGCAGUCCAGCGGAAGAGACACCCAGCCAGCUCUCCCCUCUGGCUAUUGCAGUGGAACACACCCUUCCAGCUCCCCCCUCUCUGUUUACCCACUAAUGAAAGAGGGCGCAUCCCCCAUGUACUGUGCUGUAAGACAGGCUGGGUGAGGGGAGCAGGGGGACUCCCUGAUUUGACAUCAUCCACAUUUCAGGACAGUGGGGUUUACCAUACAAGAUGUUGAGGGACAAACAAUAGACCAAAGGAAGGCAGCAAUGAUCGUGUUUAUAAAUUAUAAAUAGAAUGCUUAGCAUGUCUGACAAGAUGUUACUGGAGUUUUUGACCCAUGGAGCAGAUUUCCAGUAGGCAUUACAUUUGAUUUUACAGCUGUCUUUCCAGUUUUGAUACAGCAGACUUUACUCAGACACUUCUUUCUCUCACUUUGAAUGACUGCUCUAAAGACUUGGGGUCAAUUAUUGCUAUUUGUCUUUGCAGUUUGUCAUGUUCAUUGGACUCCUGCCUAUAGGUUUGUUGGGCAUUCUUGUGUCCAGAAGUUGCUUUAUCAUAUGCACAGGAACCUCUGCACAGUUUUUUUUUUUUUACUGUCACCGACACACUGAUAGAAACAAUCAGUGUUGACACUAAUCACAUUACCUCAAUAUGCCAUUACAGCAGCUGCUUUCAAACUUGAUUCUCAUUACCAAGGAGCUUUAAGCCUCUGUGAAAUGUCGCUACCAAACCCAUGCAGUAGAAAAAACAUAUCAUUUAAGUAAACAGUGAUUUGCCGUCCUAUGCCUGCUGUAGCUGGGAAGAUAAAGAACUGGCAUGAGAAAGUGGUCUACAAGUCAUGCCUCAGAGCUAUGGCUCAUCAAUUCAGGCCAGGGGCUCACAAAACCUUUCGUGAAUAGAGGCACCACUGUCUAAACUACUGUGGCACAGCCUCACACACACACACACACACACACACACACACACACACACACGCAAACACACACAGACAUGGGCAGAUGCUCACAAACAUCCACCCAUCUACAGACAAACUCUCCGAAUGGUCCAGUAAUGUCACUUUCACAUGUACUUUGUCAUCCCUCUCUUAACUACCAUUCUUGUGCUUAUUUAGCUUGUCGCAGGCCUCCUGGACUUAUCGUCUCUGACUCCCUCUCCGAGAGAGCUUGCCACAGGGCCGUGGAACUGCCCAGCUGCAGGGGCAGGUGGAGGCCUGUGAAUACUAGGCCUUGUCUCUUUAUCCACCCUCCCUCCUUCUCUCUCCAUCCCUCCCCAGCCCCCUGGGGCUUCUCUGCCCAAGCCUUUCAAAACGCCACACAUAAUCAAGGCUUUCUCUCUUCUCUCGGCCCAAAGAAAACACCCCUAAUGAAAGUAAACAGCACCAGAGAUGCAUUAUUCCUGCAAUAAUACCACAUGUAAAGCUGUCUCACUAUUAGACGAACUGCCUACUUUCAUUUUAAACUGACGCCAGAGGUGUAGUUUGAAGUGGUAUUCCACCAUGCUGCAGCUAAGACUGAAACGCUAAGUACAAAUUAGCUAAAUGGCAAUUUUCACACCCCUCAUCAGCCAUCACAAAGAGUGGAAGAUAAGACCUUUCCAUCCAAGCCUGCUUACAUUUUCACCAUACGCAAUUGCCCAUGCUCCAACAGAGCCAUUGUGGUGCAGUGGGUAUACCGUAGGUCCUCUUUGUACACUCUCCUCACUGCUGGCCAGUGUGGAGUGCCACGCAGGGAACAAGGGUACUUCUCUUCUUAGGAGUAGCUGUAUCCCCUGUUUGCAAACUGUACUUUUCCCAGAGCUAGAAGAAUGUUCAAAUGGCACCAGUAGCUAUUAUGGGCCCUGAAAUACGGAGGCAAGGUCUUGUCUAAUGCUGUGGUACUGGUGAAAUAUUACAUGAUGAUAUUAUUCUGCUUUAGUGGAAGUUGAUACAUAUACAGUCACAGCUCAGUGUGAGAUACGUGUAAAAUAUGCGUUUCUUUGUUCCUUAUUUUCACUGUACUGAAACUACUUGAAUCAGGAGCAAGACCAUUCAACACAGAUUGAGGCAUGUCAACAGUAAAACUGUACUUGCUCUGUCCUUAGCUUGCAACUAACCUUUGACACAAGUUAUGUGUGAUUAUGGACAUACUCAUCUGGCUAGGUUUAAUUGUAAUAUAUAUUACUUUGUUGUUUUAUCCUGAUUAUUUUAAUUUCUCUUUUCAGAAUUCUAAGAAAAUGUAUGUAAUUAGAUAUUUUUCCUGAUUAUUGCCAUUGUUGUUUCAUAGUGUGUUAAUCUCAGUCCACUGCAAUGAAGUCUGCUCCAUGUUCUGUUUUUGUAGACAUUGAGGCAGGUAGACCCCAACAAUUUCUAUUUUAUUUAGAGACACUGAACACUCAAUAUUAUAAACAGGAUAUAGUUGUGUAAUCUCUUUUUUCCCUUUAAAACUUGGAGAGAGGAGCAAGUGAUGGGUUAAAGUUAACAAAGAAAGAUUUUCUCUAAUACAUUGCAUGAGACUGAUGUGAUUAGCUUCACUUUUCAAAUGUCGCAUCACCAUAGGGACCACAGCCCUAUGGCUGUUUUUUUCUCCAUUGUUUGACAUUUAACUAGCUGACCAUUGUGUUAUCCAUCAUGUCUUUUGUAACUCAUACCUCUAUUAAGAAACUGAGGUUCUGAAUGAAAAUGUAUGAAGUAUUUGGGGGUUACUGAAGUGCAUAUCUGAAAUGAUGGGCCAUCUGUAAUGGCAGUGUUGUCUUGAUUUAUCAAAAUCUCUCAACUCAAAAUGUCAAGCUGAGGGGAAAAAGGAGUAACUAGUUUCACCAUGUCUUCUUAAGUGGAUAAUUUCAUUUAACUACCCAGCAGUCCCCGUAUGAGGAUUAUUUAGUUUGUAAUUGUUGACAGGAUUAAACCGAUCAGUUUAGUAGAUUUCCAUUGAACGCUCCUUUUUGAUCGCAUAUUAGAAUUGAUAAUGAGUGCCAAAGGCAUUAAAGUGGUAAUUCCAGUAAAUUGCAAACCCUUAGACAAAUAAAUGCAUAUACCCUAAUAGGUGACAUUACACAAACAACCUUGUACAGUUUUCUAUGAGUGAUGUGUUUUUAAGUACGUGUAUAGGUUUAAACAGUUGGAUACAAGUAUUUUAGUUGAACUUUGUUCCUUUUGGUGUGCUCUUAAUGUAUUUUUCAUUAUAUUGGCUUCUGUUUGUUUUGUUUGUUUGUUUUUGUUACUCUUAAUUUGUCUUUGUUAUCAAAACAUGUAUGGUUAGAUAGCCUCAAUUCUCAGUUGUUAUAUUCAUCAAAAGUGAACACCCAACCAUUCCAAAGGAUUGCAAUUGCAUUUGCUUUAAAUGUGCUGCUUAUAUCAAACCAAUGCAUUGAAGCUGCAUUACAUUUAUGUAUUUAUUUUAUGUUCUUUUUUGACUGUGAUGUAUUUGCUGAAAUACAUUUGUGACUAGUUAAUAUUGGUACUUUUAUUAACAUUAAUCCUUUUCUGCGGUUUUGUAGAGUUGCUAACAUUCACAUAUGCUACGCGCCUGUGCUGUCUCGGUUAGGGCCUACUGAACAAAACAGACACAACCAUGCCAUGUUCUGACAGGAUAAGCUGAACUCGCCGAGCUUCUCAGACGAGGGAUUUUGAAAGCCAGUUUGCUUGCGUACAUGCAUGUGUGCACAUAGCCAGUCCUGUGUGAAAUGAAAACGCCUGCUUGACAGACAGGCGUGUGAAGCAGGGCAUGGCCCAUGGGACUGUGGUGUGUUGAGCUUCAAGGGGUGAAACGCAGCAAUGAACCAGCAGAAGUAGUGACAAGACCUACCAGUCGAGCCCGCCGCUGGAUGGUCCUGUGUUUUUCUCUUAAUUAAAGUGCUGCACUGGGUUACUGUAACCAGAGCCUGAAUGGGGUUAAAUUCAUGGUUUAAGACUGGUCACCAAGGGCUUUUAGAAUGGAUGGAGGCAUGAAUGUUUGGAGCAUGAGUGGAUGCAGUCUGCCAUUUUUAAAAAGCACAUUUUAAAAGCUUUUGCUGGAAUAAAAAAAAAAAGAAGAAAAAAAAAGCAGUCUGCCCUUCAAAAAUGCUAAAGGCUAUUCACACAUAUCUAACGAAGAAAUAAGAACCCCUUUUGACUCUUUGUCAUAAUAACACGUGUCAAUAUACAGACUAAGAGACUGUUUGUCCUUUCCCCUCUGUGUGGUUCCUCUGUGUGGUUCCUCUCACCCUAAAAUAUGGAACCUCCACAGGUAGAUUAGCACUGCACUUGUGCAGUUUAGUUUUUUCUCCAAAGAACCCGUAAGCGGUAACAUAAAUGCCAUACUGUAAAUGUGCAACGAGGAUGAAAACCCCUUGAUACCAUCCAUCAGUGUGAGCAUAUUUUUAGAAUGACUUCCUCCUUCUUCUGCAAAAAAUAGAGAUGUUUAUCAAAAGCAAAACAUGGUUCAAUGGUGUCAGUAUUAUGCUGAUACCAUAAAUACUACCAAAAUAUUUCAAUUGUUGGGGUGAACUGUAGAUUAUUGCUGAAUGUGCAGGCUUUCUAUAUGCCAUUGCCCUCUGACUUACAAUCAGUAAUUUACCCUAAGUGCAAAUACCAUUAUCAAAGCAUUCAGCAUUCAGUAGUGUCAGCAGUGCUGAAACUGCUUCAAUAGCAGAUGUUAACAAACAUGCAUGACCGGGUUACUAUAUGAGCCACCCCCCCCCCCCCAUUUCCAAAGAACUCAAUAUGAGAAACUGCACUAUUCACAGAUCUCUAUAUGUUCAUGCAAUUUCUCAUUAGGUCAACAGAUUCUUCUUUUCUAAACUGCACUCAGUAAAUGUGAUUUACUGCAAAGAUAUCUGCAAAACCCUGCAUUUGUGAUGGAGUGAAACUUGUUUUUGACUUGGAGAGAAAGAGAGAGAAAGGCUUUAAAUAUAUGCCUUUCAAGCCCGAUUCGCCCUCCUUGGGAGAAAUCAUUUGUAGCUGGAUACCUAACAAUUAGUGACAUUGUGUCUUUCAAUGGCCAAAAUCCAUUUUAGAUUACUUCUUUAGUCCAGUAAGAACAAAUACAAAUGUUGUACAGAGAGAAUUUUAGGAUGGCCACAGAGGCCCCAGACUGUUAGCAAGGCUUCCACUGCGUGUGCUUGGCUUGCCUUUCUAAGGUAUGUAUUAGUCUUUUUUUUUUUUACAUCACCAUUCGAUGCCUGUUUCAUUGAGUACAGCACUGCUGUAAUGCUCUUUGUGCAAAAACUCAUAGUACUUCAACUAUGGCCAGUUCCCCAUCUCCAUGAACUCAAACUGCCAUGUAUCAUCUUCUGUUUUUUGUUUUUUCAUUUGCUCAAUCAACCAAAUCACUACAGUGAUGUAUUACAGUUGUACAGUUUCAUGAAUUAUACAGACUAUUAAUGUUGCUGGUCUAUGGUUGCUCUGCUGUACCUUUUUAAGACAUUAUUUUUUACAUGUUAGACAAUAUAUUGUGACUCUGUCCUAUGCAAAUAUGAGAAUUAACAAGAAUUUGUCAAAUAAUGUAUGUUGUCUUAACUUGUAUGCAUGAAAUAGUGAAGUUUACAUUUGAAAAUAAAUUCAUAAAUAAGCAGCUU